AUGCUUGAGAAAAAUCCAAAGCAAUGGCAUGAGAAGUUAUCAGAAACUCUGUGGGCAUAUAGGACUUCAAAGAGAGAGGCAACUGGCAUGACCCCAUAUGCUCUAACUUAUGGUCAUGAUGCAAUUCUGCCUAUGGAGAUAGCAGUCCAAUCUCUCAUAAUUGCUCACCAACACAAUCUGACUGGAGAAGACUACUCUCAAGCCAUGCUGCUAGAACUGGAGGGAUUGGAUGCAAGCAUAAUCGAUAUCCUCAACAAACUCUUAGCAAAAAAAAAAGCUGUAUCAAGGGCCUACAACAAAAGAGUUCAAAACAAGAGUUUUGAAAAGGGAGAGAUAGUCUGGAAAGCAGUUCUGCCCCUUGGAACACAUAUAGCUGGUUAUGGGAAGUGGUCAUCUACAUGGGGAAGGGCCUUUCAUAAUUAA